CCAAAGAUGUCAGGCGGCGAUUCGCGGUGGUCCUCCGGCCUCUGUGGCUGCUGCUCCGAUUGCGGCACUUGUUGCCUCACGAUGUGGUGUCCAUGUGUCACUUUCGGAAGGAUAGCAGAGAUCGUAGAUAGAGGAACAACCAGUUGUUGCGCGCAAGGAACGAUAUUCUGCAUACUAGGGGGCUUCUCAUAUUUUGUGUCAUGCUUUGCCUGCAUUUACCGAACCAAGCUGAGGAAUGAGUAUAAUAUAAGAGGCAACCAAGCUGGUGAUUGUUUAGCCAGUUUCUUCUGCCCCCACAUGGCCCUCUGCCAAGAGUAUCGUGAGCUCAAAGCUCGCGGAUUCGACAUGUCCGCUGGAUGGCAAGGAAAUGUGGAAAUGCAGACUAUGGGUGUCAAGACGGUUGCUCCGGCGGUUCAUGGUGGCAUGAGCCGUUAGGAGCCGCCGUCGUUGUCAUCGCUUUCUC